UUGAUGCGCCGGCAAGGCAGAAAGCGGGAGCGGGGGGGACGAGAAAGGCAUUCAAAAGCAACUUUUUCAUCGAUGAAGAUUAGCCAUUUCGAUCUCCGCGUUUGAAUUUCUGCGUGACGACCUGUCCGCCUUCUCCCGACAUGGUGGUGCUUCGGGGGAUGAGGCUUCUUUUGCCUCUCUUGGCUAUCAUUUGUAUAUCCCUAAACAAUGUAUCCUCAGUUGAUAGAAACAAUUUCCGUACCUGUGAUCAAACUAGUUUUUGCCGACGAUGCCGUGCUGUAUCACCUGGGGCUUCUCCAUACGAACUUCAGCUAGAUACACUGCAGGCAACAGCUUCUUCUGUGACAGCAGAACUUUUGAAUACAGCCAUGAAUGUCAAAUUUGUGUUCCAAUUGUAUUCACUUUCUGACAAUACAUUUAGAAUGAAAAUUAAUGAAUUGUCUCCACUAAAGCCUCGUCAUGAAGUCCAGUUUGUGCUCAACGGAGAACCCAACUAUGUGCGAUUGGACCUGGUAGAAAAAACAUCUGCAAAAGCUGUGGUUAAAAGCGGACACAACAAAGUUGAAAUCUUUGCCAGUCCAUUCCGUGUUGAUGUAUACCGAGGCACCGAGUUGGUUAUCAGUACCAAUGCUCGUGGCCUCAUGCGCUUUGAACACUUGAGACCUAAGCCUGCCCCGAAACCAGAGGCCACUGAGGAAGCUCCUGCUGAGCCCGCUCCUGUUGUGGAUGACACAGAGAAUGACCCAGGUUCAUGGGAGGAGAACUACAAAUCCCACCAUGAUGCUAAGCCCAAUGGGCCAACUGCAGUUGCGCUCGAUUUCACUUUCCCAGGUGCUGAACAGGCUUAUGGUGUACCUCUCCAUGCUGACUAUGUUGCACUCCGAAAUACCAAGGGCAUUGAUCCUUACCGCUUGUUCAAUUUGGAUGUGUUCGAGUAUGAGCUUGAGAAUGGCAUGUCCUUGUAUGGAGCAGUUCCUGUCUUGUAUGCUCAUGGUCUCAAGGGGUCUGCUGGAGUUUUCUGGCUCAACACCGCUGAAACUUGGAUUGAUGUAACCAAACCUGAUGGGGAAAAUGUUGUUUCCUCUUUGGUGAACCUUGUGUCUGGAUCAGGCCAGGAACCUCAAGUGGAUACUCACUUUAUGUCCGAAUCUGGAAUUAUGGAUGUCUUCUUCUUUGUGGGUCCCAAGCCUUUGGAUGUUUUCAGGCAGUACUCUGCCUUGACUGGCACAGCCCCUCUUCCACCAUUAUUCUCUCUUGGAUAUCACCAAUGUCGUUGGAACUACAAUGAUGAAGAUGACGUUCGCAAUGUUGCUUUGGGCUUUGAUGAACAUGAUAUUCCCAUGGAUGUUAUGUGGCUGGAUAUUGAGCACACUGAUAACAAAAAGUAUUUUAGUUGGGAUCCCAUCAAGUUUGCUCAUCCCACAGAGAUGAUUCAAAAUCUUACUGCCAUGGGCCGAAAGUUAGUUACUAUUGUGGACCCCCAUGUCAAGAGGGAUCCAGGCUACUAUUUGCAUCGGGAUGCCGAGGCUAAUGGUUACUAUGUCAAAAACAAAGAUGGAAAUGACUACGAAGGUUGGUGUUGGCCUGGCUCUGUGAGCUAUCUCGAUUUCUUCAACCCAGCAACAAGGGAAUACUUUUCUGAUAGAUACUUGCUGGAAAACUAUGCUGGAUCUACUUUAGAUGUCCACAUUUGGAAUGACAUGAAUGAGCCAGCAGUUUUUAACGGCCCUGAGCUCACUAUGUUCAAGGACAAUGUGCAUUAUGGAGGAUGGGAACAUCGUGAUGUGCAUAACAUGUAUGGCCUCAUGCUGGUCAUGUCUACAUAUGAAGGGUUGCAAAAGCGAUCUCAAGGAGCGCUCCGCCCAUUCAUCUUGACUCGGUCUUUCUAUGCUGGCUCCCAACGUUAUGCUGCUAUGUGGACUGGUGACAAUCUUGCUGAUUGGAGUCACAUGCGCAUGUCUGUACCCAUGUGUCUGACUAUGGCUAUUUCGGGCUAUUCAUUCUGUGGUGCUGAUGUUGGAGGUUUCUUUAAAUAUCCUGAUGCUGAACUUUUUACUCGCUGGUACCAACUUGGUGCCUUCCUGCCAUUCUAUCGUGCUCACUCUAUUCUUGAGUCCAAGAGGCGUGAACCCUGGCUGUACAAUCCAGAGACCACUGAACUGGUCCGACUGGCAAUUCGUAAACGUUACACUUAUAUCGCCCUGUGGUACACUCUUUUCUUCGAACACACUCGUUUUGGAACACCAGUCAUUAGGCCUCUGUUUGCUCAGUACCCGGAUGACAAAGAUGGCUUCUCUGUGGACAAUGAAUUCUUAGUUGGUGAUACUCUGCUCGUGCACCCAGUUGUAACAGCUGGAGCCACACAGGCUCAGGUGUUCUUCCCUGGAGAAAAUGAGCGUUGGUAUGACACUGAUACAUUUGAAAUUUUCCGAGGCCGUUCUGUACAUAAUAUUGCUGUUGACAUCACCAAGAUUCCAGUUUAUCAGAGGGGAGGAACCAUUCUCUCUAAAUUGGAGCGCGUUCGCCGAUCUUCAACUCUGAUGCACAAUGACCCUUACACUAUUAUUGUUGCUGUGGAUGACAAUGGCAACGCCAAAGGAACACUGUAUAUUGAUGAUGGUGAAACCUACAAGUACAAGUCCAAUGCUUACCUCUAUAUUCAGCUUGAGUUUAGCAACAACACUCUGAAAGCAAAGUUCAUCGACAAGAAGGCACACUUUGCCUCCAAGGCAUGGAUUGAACGCAUUGUUGUUUUAGGAUUGCUCAAACCAAUAACACAGACAACUAUUGAGAGCAAGAGUGUUGGAAGGCAGUCUUUGAAGUAUUCCAAUGAUGACAUUUGGAAUGUUGUUGUUGUGAGAAAACCAGGAGUAUCUGUAACUGAGGAAUGGACAUUGUAUCUUUGAUUUAGAUGUUUCUUAAAAUAAUUUAAACCACCUAAAAAAAAUAUUUCAAAUCCUCAACGUGUAAUUUUUUUUAAAAUGUGAGCUUUUUACACUUUAUUAACUGUAAGGAAGGUGAACCAUUCUCACCAUUUAAUUUUAUUAAAUCCUGAUCAGUACAGAACUGAACAAGUUGAUGUCUUUUGUGCCUUGCCUUGAUGGUACAUUGGCAUGCCAAGUUUGUAUUAACCUUAGAAAUGUACUCUACGUAAAAUUGUUAGAGCAAGCAGCAAGGUAUAGACGUAGAAUAGUUGUUUAGACUUUCUACAAAACUGAGACAUGUUUGUUGGGAGAGGCUAAUUGUUCAUCAUUUUUGUUGUCCUUUUUUUAUUGAUUUUUUUUUUGUAUGUGACUUGUAUUUAAUGGAACUCUGGCAUAAUUUGUUGCACUGCAGUUCAUAGAGGGCCAUAUUUCAGAUAGAAUUUUACAAUUCUGUAGAAAGGUCAUUUCACUUCAAUUUUGAAAAUGUUUUCUCCCUUUUUAGAAAUAACAAUUCUUUUCUGAGUUUGUUACCAUGUGCCCAUCAACAAUCUUAACUUUGACUUGUAAUUGAAAAAAAAAAUACACUGAAAUUCUAAAAGUGUAGGUUUGUGAACGUUUUCUUCUCUUAUACUAUUGAGUUUGUUUCUCUGAAUUACUUGUGAUAGUUUUGUGUGAUAUGGGCAGUAUUUGUAGAGGCUGGUCUUCCUGAAAUCUGUUGGGAAGAAGUUGUCAAGUGUUCCAAUUAUGUUAAACUGAAACAAACCAUCGGGUUGUUCACUUUUUACCUCUGCCUGAUUUUGUAUGGUUGAAAAUUUCUGAUGCACCUGGCUCUUGAUUUUCAGUUGUGUGUGUUCAGAUUAUUUUUGCCGAUUUUUCCGAGACGGGCCUUUUCUUGUGUUUGAAAAACGACGCACUCGGCACCUGAAAACGAUGUGAAACGUGUCCUUUGAAUAAAACAACGUGAACCUUAAA